AUGCCUCAGGAUAUGCCCCCGGCCGGGGGCUACCGGCAAGUGCAAUACAAGCGCAACGUACCCGCCCGUGGUUUCCGACCCAUUACCUACCUCGUUGGCAUGCACCUUUUCAUGGCCUACGGAUACUACAAGCUCUUCCACGGUAUUCGGGAACAGAACGAACUCGCCCGUGAGAAGAUUUGGGGUCGUCUACACAUCCUCCCUCUCCUCCAAGCCGAGGAAGACCGCGACCAGGCCCGCCGAUAUUUCUCCGACAAGGCGCGCGAACAGCAACUGCUGGGAGGCGAGACGAAGGUUUACAACUCUGACCGAUUCGUUCGUCCUACAUAUGCGUACACGCCGUCAAAGGUCAUGAACUAA